GAGUCCGCGAGUUGCUUUUCUAUAGAUUUUUCAAGAAACUUGGUUAAUCGGUUAUAUUGUCGGCGUUUUAUAAACUUUUGUUUUUCUAAUCGAUUCAUAUAAUGCAAUUUCAUUAUUUGAAGUAAAUUUGAACAACCACAAAGAGAAUUUUUACUAUUUAUAUACGUUUCAUCAGGUAUUAUGUCAUCGUCUAAUUACAUUUUUUCGGUGAAUUGUUAUGAUCUCACAUUCUCAUACCGUAUCAUCAAGGAUUAUGAAGUACAAAGGAAUUGAUAGAUGAACAAAAUGUUGAUGUGUAUUGGACGACGUUUUUUUCGUUCAAGUAGUUGUCUUUUGAGACAAUUUUCAAUCGCACCAGAAAGCACUUUCGCUCCAGAAUAUCAGAAUUGCAAUGAGCAUGAUGAUUUUAUCGAUGAAAACAAGGAUUUCAAUAGAAUAAGGAGCGAAGAUUGUAAAUCAUUGAAUAUAGCAAUAAUAGGAUUGCCAAAUGUUGGGAAAAGUACACUGAUAAAUCGCCUCACCAAUCGACCAGUUUGCGCAACUGCAUCAAGAUUUCACGUGACCCGAGCAAAAAGUAAUGCGAUUUACAGUGAAGGUAAAACGCAGCUGGUUUUCAUCGAUACUCCCGGUCUUGUUUCCGCUCACGAAUUCAAAAAAUUCGAGCUCGAGAACAGCUUCAAAGAUGAUGUAAAAGCGGCAAUGGAAAGCGCAGACAUUGUUGGCGUCAUUCAAGACGUUUCUAACAAAUACACAAGAGGACUUAUGCAUAAAAAGAUAUUGGGUUUGAUGAAAAUGACUCGAGUCGGUGUACCAUCAAUACUCAUUAUGAACAAAAUUGAUGUUAUGAAGAAAAAACGCGAUCUUCUGGCGCUCGUAAAAGUGCUUACCAGCGAAAAGGGAUGGCCGAAUUUUUCAGAUGUUUUUAUGGUCAGCGCACUUACUGCAGAUGGUGUUGAGGAUCUACGAAAUUAUUUUUUGGAUUCCGCGAAGCCCCGUGACUGGGAAUACGGACCGGAAGUGGUGACGGAUCAACCAACUGAGAAGAUCAUCGAACGUGCUGUACGAGCGAAAUUUAUGGAUUCCUUGCCGAACGAAUUACCAUACAGAUUAAAAAUUGAGAUUGAGCAUUUAAGCACCUGCGAGGACGGUAGUUUGAAUUGCGUCGUAAUCACCCGGGCUGAAUCCGAUAGAAUAGCGAAAAUCGUUUUAGGAAAAAGUGGAGCUCGGGUCAAAAUGGUUGCUCGCCAGGCAGAAGAAGAGUUGAGUAACGCUUUUCGCACUACCGUCAGACUUAAAGUUGCUGUCCAUUUUUCGGAAGAAAAAAAAUGAUGUAUUAUACAAUAAAAUAAGGGAAAUUUCAACUUUUAUUCAAUCAGAUACUCGCCGUGAAUUAUGUUACACUGAAUUCUUGCACAACAUCUGAAGGUCAACUUUGGUAAUAAAGAAAAUUGUGCCAGGCCUCGGAA